CUGCAGUGGGGUCUUACCGCUAUUGAACAAAAACAUUUCCCAAUAAGUUUGACAAUUACAGGUGAAAAAGGACAUCUUGGUGCGACUAUCCAAAGCGAACAGGAGUUCUCGCAACUAUACCAAAUAUUUGCCGAAGAGAUUCUUGGCUCUGGUCAAUUCGGUACCGUCUAUGGUGGAAUUCAUCGGAAAUCGGGUAAACAUGUUGCAGUUAAACUGAUCGACAAACUGAAAUUCCCGCCCAACAAAGAAGAUUUAUUGCGAACAGAAGUCAACAUUUUGCAGGCAAGGGUUAUUCUUCUAUUGAUUCCCUGUACUGCGUAG